GGAUCCCUGCGGAUGGAGAGGCCGAGGCACCAGGGCAUGGCGAAGAACACAUACAUGCGCUGGCGGCUCCCGCUCGUGUGCCUCCUCUGCGAGGUGGCCAUGAUCGUCCUCUUCGGGGUCUUUGUGCGCUUCGGCCCCGAAGCUGAUGCACACUGGGAGGAAGAGAAGCAGAAGAAGAACAUAACCAGUGACAUAGAGAAUGAUUUCUACUUCCGAUACCCAUCUUUCCAGGAUGUCCAUGUGAUGAUCUUUGUGGGCUUUGGCUUCCUCAUGAUGUUCCUCAAGCGUUAUGGAUUCGGAGCUGUGGGCUUCAACUUCCUCCUUGCUGCCUUUGGGAUCCAGUGGGCUCUCCUGAUGCAAGGCUGGUUCCACUCUUUUGAGAAUGGGAAGAUCCUCAUUGGAGUGGAGAACCUGAUCAAUGCUGAUUUCUGUGUGGGCUCUGUGUGCAUUGCCUUUGGGGCCAUCCUGGGCAAAACCAGCCCCAUACAGCUCCUUAUCAUGACUCUGUUUCAAGUCACGCUCUUCGCAGUGAAUGAGUACAUCCUCCUCAACCUGCUCCAUGUUAAGGACGCAGGUGGCUCCAUGACCAUUCACACCUUCGGAGCUUACUUCGGUCUCACAGUGACACGCAUCCUGUACAGACCCAACCUGGAGCAGAGUAAGGACAAGCAGGGCUCUGUGUACCACUCUGACCUCUUCGCUAUGAUCGGAACCCUGUAUCUAUGGAUGUACUGGCCCAGUUUUAACUCAGCAGUAUCUGAGCAUGGGGACGCCCAGCACCGGGCUGCCAUUAACACGUACUGCUCACUGGCUGCUUGUGUCCUCACCACAAUGGCCUUCUCCAGCAUGCUGCAGAAGAAAGGCAAGCUUGACAUGGUCCACAUCCAGAAUGCAACACUGGCGGGCGGCGUGGCCGUGGGCACCAGUGCGGAGAUGAUGCUGACCCCAUACGGUGCCCUCAUUGUUGGGUUCAUCUCUGGGAUUGUGUCCACGGUGGGGUAUGUCUACCUCACGCCCUUUUUGGAGUCCAGGUUGCACAUCCAGGACACGUGUGGCAUCCACAACCUCCACGCCAUGCCAGGCCUUAUUGGAGGCAUUGUGGGGGCCAUCACUGCAGCCGCAGCCACAGAGGAUGUGUAUGGAAAGGAAGGGUUCAUCAAGGCCUUUGACUUCACCGGCCCCUACCAGGCACGCACACCCGGUGUCCAAGGCGGGUUCCAGGCGGCCGGCAUCGUGGUGUCUCUGCUGAUGGCCUUUGCCGGGGGUGCCCUUGUGGGGGCCAUCCUGAAGCUGCCCAUCUGGGGCGAUGCCUCGGACGAGAACUGCUUCGAGGACGACAUUUACUGGGAGGUGCCGGAGGACGAGGAGAGCGAUGUGUACCACAUGCACAACCCCGACAAACCCGCCUCGCCAUGAGGCACGGCCGCUGCCCCACAGCGACAGGGACCCGGGGCCUGCUCUGGCGGGC